UACUCAACCACUUUGUGUCGGCCAUUCAAAGGAGAAACACACAAAAAAGCGCGUAUUCAUUUACAUUGACGAACAAAUAAACCAAAAACCGACAUCGGUUAUGGAUAUGGAUCCGGGUGAAGGUACUUCGGAUGGUCGUGUACGACGCAAAAUGAGCAGUGCUGCAGUCGAAAUAAAACAAGAGCCAGACAUCAAGAUAGAACCAUCGGAUGGCAUUGAAGAUUGUUUGGUGACACGAUCGAAAGGAAGACUUCAAGCAGUGACAGCGACAUCAAACAUCGAAUUGACGGGCGAGCCUGAAUAUGAUUCUGUUCUCGACUGUUAUAUGGAUGGUGUGAAAGAGGAAGUGAAGUGCCAAGAAGAGAAAUCAGAAAAUGAUAAAUAUUCUUCGGCAAAUUCGAGAUCGGACGGGAAAAAAACCAAACGCCCGUGCAG